AUGAAGUGCGUCGUGUUUGCCAUGACCUCCGGGCAGAUGUGGAACCACAUCCGGGGACCUCCGUACGCCCACAAGAACCCCCAGACGGGACAGGUGGCGUACAUCCACGGCAGCAGCCAGGCGCAGUUCGUGGCCGAGACUCACAUCGUAAUCCUCCUCAACUUGGCGAUCACCCUGGGGGUCGUCCUCCUGCACGACUCGGCGGCUCCCGACGGGGACAUCGGCAAACGCAAGAUCCUGUGUCUCGUAGGCCUGGGUCUCGUCGUUUUCUUCUUCAGUUUCCUCCUCUCCAUCUUCCGCUCCAAAUACCACGGCUACCCAUACAGCUUUCUUAUAAAGUGAAGAUGGCAUUGGCGAAUGGAGGAAAGAUGAUGGAAGUAACAUCGUCAACAUUAUCAUCGUCAUCAUCAUCAACAACAACAUCAUUAUUAUCAUCAUCAACAACAACAUCAUUGACAGCAACAUCGUUAUUGUCAUCAUCGUCAUCAACAUCUUCGUUAUCAUCACCGUUAAUAUUGUCAACAAUCGUAAAAACGUCACGCUCAUCAACAUCAUCAUCACCGUCAUCUUGCGACGGUCAUCAUCUUCGUCAUCAUUACCAUCCCUAUCAUCGCCAACCUCAUUGUCAACCUCAUCAUCACCGCGCGCUUCCCAUCACUGGAGGGGAAAACUGAACCAGGAUGCUUUUUGGAAAGAUCGUCAAUGUGAUUCUCUAUUUUCUUGAAUAAACAUCAACAUCAUCUCCGUCAUCAUCAUCAGUCAUCUCCAUAAUCAUCAUCUUCAUCAUCAUCUCCGUCAUCAUCAUCUCCAUCAUCAUCUCCAUCAUCUCCAUCAUCAUCUUCAUCAGUCAUCUCCAUCAUCAUCAUCUCCAUCAUCAUCAUCUUCUCCAUCAUCAUCUCCAUCAUCAUCAUCAUCAUCUCCAUCCUCAUCAUCUCCAUCAUCAUCUCCAUCAUCAUCUCCAUCAUCAUCUCCAUCAUCAUCUCCAUCAUCAUCAUCUUCAUCAUCAUCAUCUCCAUCAUCAUCAUCAUCUCCGUCAUCAUCAUCAUCAUCAUCAUCUCCGUCAUCAUCAUCGUCAUCAUCUCCAUCAUCAUCUCCAUCCAUCAUCAUCAUCAUCAUCGUCAUCAUCUCCAUCAUCUCCAUCAUCAUCAUCUCCAUCCAUCAUCAUCUCCAUCAUCAUCAAUCUUCAUCAUCAUCAUCAUCAUCUCCAUCAUCAUCUCCAUCAUCAUCUCCAUCAUCAUCUCCAUCAUCAUCAUCUCCAUCCUCAUCAUCAGUCAUCAUCAUCAUCAUCUCCAUCAUCAUCAUCUCCAUCAUCAUCAUCAGUCAUCUCCAUCAUCAUCUCCAUCAUCAUCAUCUCCAUCAUCAUCAUCAUCUCCAUCAUCAUCAUCUCCAUCAUCAUCAUCAUCUCCAUCAUCAUCUCCAUCAUCAUCAUCAUCUCCAUCAUUAUCUCUAUCUCCAUCAUCUCCAUCAUCAUCUCCAUCCUCGUAGUAGUCACGGUUCGAGUGAGCGGAGCGUGUAAUGUUUUAUAAUUAUUUCCUCGGUUUUCUUUGUAUGAGUUGUGCAACAAAAUAAAUGAGCAGACCACCUGCCUACUCCCUCCCA